UCUGUGGAGAAUGUGGGACUGGUAAGAAUUGCAGGGAGGCCAGGAGGAUGCUCAGGAUCGGGAGGUGGGGUGAGGAGCCGUCUUCCUGUUUGUUGAGUACCUGCAAAUAUAGGCCAGGAGAUAUUAGGGAACAAAGGGCCAAAGUCCUUAUUUAUGGCCUCGGGGUAGUUAAUGUGUAAUAUUCUGGAAUAUAAGCCUGACCAAGAGGUGAUACCUUGAGCACGAGCCUCUUGGAGCGUCUGGGAGAGCUGAGGCCGGGAGCUGUCACCAUGUCGGAGAAAUUUGAGAUCACAAACUUGGACAUGAAAUCAGGGAUGACCCUGAAGAUUAAAGGCAAGAUCCACAAGGAUGUUAACAGCUUCACCAUUAACCUGGGCCAGGGGCAAGACAAGCUGAACCUACAUUUUAACCCCCGCUUCAAUGAAUCCACCAUUGUCUGCAACACUCGAGAUGGCAGCAGCUGGGGACAAGAGCAACGAGAGAGCCACAUGUGCUUCAGUCCAGGAUCAGAGGUCAAGUUCACCGUGGCCUUCCAUAACGACGAGUUCAAGGUGACGCUACCUGACGGGCACACGGUGACCUUCCCCAACAGGCUGGGCCACAACCACCUGCGCUACCUAGGCAUGGAUGGGCUCCACAUCUCCUCCUUCAAGCUCGAGUGAGCAUGCAGCUCUUCAGCUCACAAACC